AUUAAUUCCUUGGAGAAAACACUUGAGCAUAAUGGUGUAAACAUUAUGAAAGAAACUACAAUCGAAAGAGUAAAUGAAAGAGAGAACAGCUUCGACAUCCAUUACAAACCUGAAGGAGCAAAGAGACAGAAAACUCGAGGAUUUGAUUUUGUCAUCAGUGCUUUACCUGCAAACCAUCUUAAGCAUAUCUUAGCAGACUCACAUUUCAAGACUUCCAAGCACAAAGAAAUUGUGGAUACUUUGUCUAGUAUUAAUUAUAUUGACAUGGCAACACUGAAUCUCUCUUAUCUCCAGCAUAUUGAUAUUUCAGGGAAAUGCCAUGGGCACGUACUCACUCCAUCUGGAUACCUUCAAGAGUCCCAAGGAGUUCUAGGAGUAUUAGCCAUGCAUAAAUCCUUCAGGCAGAAUGGGUUAUAUCAGAACAAAAAGACAUUUGACUUUGAUAUCGAUGUUAGACAUCCAUUUAGAUCGAGGAUCAACUUCUUCAGGCAUGUAGCCAUAAAUGGAUGGAGCUCAAGAGUAGAUCCUCCAUUUGAAGAUGCACCGGAGUCUGAUAAACUUAGAAGAGAUAAAAUGGCCAAUUUCGCAGUAAUGUUAGGUGGAGCUCACUUCCCAGAAGCAUGCCAUCUCCCAGAUGAUGAGCUUGUCAGAAGAAGUGAAGAGUUUCUUGAGAAAACUUAUGGAAUCACUCAAGGUGCUGACUACAUUUCGUUAAAGAAGAAUUUUGAGUGAAUUCCUCAGUACAACACAGGCCAUAUUCAGAAGAUGCAUGACAUAGUACAGACGAUGAAUACUGAACUCCCAAGGUUCAGGCUGACUGGCAAUUACAUCGAUGGGAGCGGAAUCCCUCAUAUUGUUAACUAUGCAAAGAGAGAAGUCGAAAGGGUAGCCCAGCUUUCAAGACAAAAAGCCUAAAUUCAGACCAAAAUUCAACCAUUAAA